AUGCAUGAAGUCCGCUGUGAGAAUGACUGCCUUUUCUCAGUGACCCACCUGGAGUCUUUCUAUCAACAGGUCAUUCAGCAUACAGCCCAAACAGUCAAUUGCCUGUUUGACUUUGUAACCGCCGCACGACUUGGAAAUGAGGUUGGAGAGGACUAUAUCAACCAUAUUCAGAACCUUUUGAACCUGGGGCAUGGGUUUAAUAUUCCACACAGUGAUCUCACUUUGUUCAUCACAUCAAGCAUUCUGAUGGAUGCUUAUUCUCCAAAAAUGCAUUACUUUCCUCCCAACCUUGUGUAUCACACUCUCUAUAAAUCUUUCUGCCUGGGAGCUAUGAGGCGAUCAGUCUUCGAUGCCGGUUCCACCCUUCUUCUUAUUGAGAUACACAUGGAGUGGCUCUUUUCCCACCUUCUGUCUGAAUACAGCUCUUCUGCACAUCUCCAUUGUGAUAAUCUCAGCAAGCAGAGCUGUAGCUGGAUCCAGGUCCGAUUCAACCAGACUUGCUUGUAUUGCCUACAAAGGAGGCCUGAGAAGACCCUCAGCUGCGGUCAUACAAUAUGUGAUAUGUGCAUCCGAGUCUUCAGAGAUGCCGUUCCUCAUGUUGAGGAAAAGUUUACAAUGCAGCAAUGCAUUCUAUAUGGGCUUCAGAUCACAUUCACUGCAGUGUUGCAACUGCUCACAGCCAGCAUGAGCAUUCUUAGCAUCAACAGUGGCGGCUCACGGGGCGUCAUCUCACUGAAGUUUCUCAGACUGAUGCAGGAGAUGAUCGACUGCCCCAUUCAGAAUCUUUUUGACAUGGCAGUCAGCACCAGUUCAGCAUAUAAACUUCUGAGAAGUGAUGUCGCAGUCAAUGAGCCUUCACUGUGGAAAAUGCUUUUCCCGCCUGUACAGGUCGGAUCCUGCAAGUUCGAGAAUGGCAGACUUGGGCGCUACAAUAAUCCUGUCUACCUCACUCUUGCAGAGAGCAGAAGAAUCCUGCCUUCAGGCACCUCUCCCGACCUGAUUCUCUCCUUGGGAACAGGUGUCAAGAAGAAGCCUAAGGACCAAGUUCCAGUACCAUCACAGAGUGUAAUACAUAAUUCAUUCAUAUAUUGGCUUUCUCAGUCGAUGCUCCAGUCAAUGAAUGGUGAAGCCACCUGGAGAGAGCUGCUGGCCCAUAUUGACAUCACCUCAAAGACUGAUUUCAUCCGAUUCAACACUAGUAUCAACUGGCCUUUGAAGAUAACAAAUGUGGAAGAGAUGAAGAGGCUAAGAAACACAGUUCAUAUUCAACCAGAUUCUGCCGCUCAAAGUGAGAGUGACAUGUUUCAAUGUCAAGGUUCAAUUAGGUGUCAGGGAGAUGGUCGCACAGUCGCCCUGAAUCUGGUUCAACUUGGAAUGUCCAUCAUGGAAAUUGUUAAGGAUACCGAGGUGCUGGGGCAGUUGAGUAUCACUGAUCUGAAUAGGGACAUUUGCUCAGCCUGCGGAUGCUACUGCAAAAACAUCUUGUUCUAUUGGUUUGAAGAUACGCAGGGGUUCAAUGCCUGUUUCAGCUCAGCUGAUCAUGGUACUCUCAGCUGUCUUAAUUGUCAGGCAUGUGGUCCAGGCACAUCCAAUUCACGCGCUCAGAAGUGA